GCGGAGAAACGACUUGCCUGACACUGAUGGAGAAGCCAGCGGUGCAUUCGAGCCUGUGCAUUCCGCGGAACUUCAGUUGCAUGGCCGAGCUGUACAGCAGUUUGGCCGAGGAAUGUGCCGGCGCCGGUCUGGAAGGAGGGAACGAAUGUCACCCCGUGUGUCAGCAUCAAGAGAGGAGCCGAGAAGGCUCCAGCAACUGCGGCGGCUUUCCCAGCCCGGGUCAGCGCAGGAGGGCCAAGUCGUUGCCGGCUCCCGCCGACCGGAGCGGCACUUCCCUGGAGAAAGCCAGCGUCUGCCGCGCCAGCAGGAAGAGCGUCCGCUUCGCAGACUCCUUGGGUCUGGAGCUGACCACCAUCAGGCACUUCUGCGACGCCGACAUGCCCCAGAUCCCUCACCGGGUCAUGGCCAGGCUGAGGAAAGAACGACCCGAGCGAAUGCUGCCCGCCAACAUGAUGGACUUCCUGCUGGACAACACGGCACACACCCUGGAACCCAUGUUCAUCGACCCGGCCAGUUGCCCCGGCUUCCUGGAGAGGGUAAGGACGGACAAGGUUUGCUUGGAGACCAUCUCCACCGACAACUUCAGUGUCCUGGGGCUCGUCAGGGUCUCCAACAUCUCCUACGAGAAACAGGUGUUGGUCAGAUACACCCUCAACCAGUGGACAUCAUACGUGGACAUUGGAGCCAGCCACAACGCGCACUCUGUCGACGGCCAGACCGACACCUUCUCCUUCAAACUGGUCACCCCACUUUUCCUGGACACGGGCGGCACUCUCCAGUUCGCUAUCCGCUACUCGGUAGCAGGUCAAGAGUUCUGGGACAACAACAAAGGCCACGACUAUCAUGUACUAAGCCACAAGGUCAAAAUUUCGCCACCCAAGGACUGGGAGAACGGCUGGAUUCACUUCAUUUGAGCCAAGAAGGGGGGGGAGUUUAUUUACAGCAUCAGGGAUGGUGGUACAGUAUUUGACAGUCUCUCUCGCCCAGUCCUCCCCGUCUGCUACAAGGUUUCGGUUUCUGUUUGAAGGUAAAUUCUACCGUGGGACCACCGUGAGAACUGGAAAUUCUCCUUAACACCUUCCAGUCUGUGUGUGUGUGUCAGGGAAAGUUGGUCACAGACAAUACAAGCAAUAAGUUGAGUUGAAUUUUAGUUCUGAGGGUGGAAUUGUGUGUCAGAAUUGUGAAAUGGCAUUGUUUGAUUGACUACUUUACCAGAGAUCUUUCUAGCUAAUCUCUAAAGCUUGCAUCAUCUUUAGAGAGAAAAAAAAGUGUCUGUGAAACGUAACCUUUUCACCACUUCUGCAAACACGUUGCAAGUCUACAUGCCACUUAGAACAAAUGAAUGCAGGCAUCCUUUGACAUACCCCCUUCCCAAGAGAAGGUUACAUGGUCUGGCAACCCUCACAGGGUGACCAGAAUAAUCUCGCAUGACUGAUAAGGGUGCUGACAACCUUGGCAAGUUGCAUAUUAUAGUCACUGGGAGAUUAGUGGGAAGGGAGUGAGACACUAGUGAUGUCUUUUUGGAGUAAGUGUAAAGAGUAAGUUAUGAGGGAGGGGAGCUUAAGUUUAAAUUAUAAACAGAGUGAAGCAUCAACCUGACCAGCACUUGCUCAAAGGUUCUAAUGCUUCUGAUGGUUCUAAUGCUUCUAAUGGUUCCAAUGGUUCAUGUAUCCACCUUUCCAUAGUCAUUGGUGCUGGCUCUGAUUUGUUCUGAACCUUUUUCAUACCUCGAGUUUCCCUCUCCUCUGACUAUCAGUCUGAAGAAGGGACUCAACCCAAAAACAUCACUUAUUAUUACUCUCCAAAGAUGCUGAGUUACUCCAGCAUUUUGUGUCUUAUCUUUGGUAUAAACCUGCACCUGCAGUUCCUUCCUAUAUUUUUCCAAUGGUUUUAAUGGUUCUACUGGUUCCAAUGGGCAGCACAGUAGCAGCUGGUAGAGCUGCUUUCUCACAGCACCAGUGACCUGGGUUCAAUCCUGACUCCAGGUGCUGCCAGUGCGGAGUUUGCACGCUCUCCGUGUGAUGAUGUGGGUUUUCUCCAGGUGUGCAGGCUUCCCUCCAUAUCCAAAGACGUGGGGGUUUGUAGGUUAAUCGGUUUCUGUAAAUUGCCCCUAGUGUAGGAUACGAAAGUGGGAUAAUAUUUUUAAAAAGUGUGACCGGGUGAUCGAUGGUCAGCGUGGUGUGGGGUGUGUUUCCAUGCUGUAUCUCUAAACUAAACUAAAUGGUUCUAAUGGUUCUGAUAAUUCUAAAUCAACCAAAGGCUCUAACGAAGCAUUGCUCCCUUUAUAAAAAAUAUUCUGCAAAGGAUAUACAAUAUAUUUGAAAAAAAUUGAAAAAAACUAUCAUAAAUAAUUAUUUUAUGGAAAUGUUUUAGUAUUGUGAAGGUAUGUCUGAGUGAUGGACAAGAGAAAUAAACUCUAUGCACUUUGACCAAUAGAUAAUAAUCUCUAUAUUUAGAUUAAAUUUAUUUGCUCUUGUAAACUUUGAAGCCCUUGUUUAAACCAUGAAGCAAAGAUAGACUUUAGCUUCAGGAUUUGUUUAGUUUCAACACUAACAUAGCGUAUUGCUGAUUUUACAUUUGGUGCUACAACAUCCAUGGAUGUGAGCCACACAAUGUAAUUUGAAGGUGGAUCAAAUUGUAUCUGUAUAUCUGUUUAGCAAAUGUACAGUGUGCCCCUUUAAAUAUAUGCUAUUAUUUUUGUGAAUGAAAUAUACCUUUAAAAUGAAAGCAGUUUCCCUGUGGUUGAGCUACAAGGUCAAGGUCAGCAUCCUCCCAAUUUUGGCCUCAGUUCUUGUCUGAGUUGUCAUUCAAGAGACAAAGAAGAUUUGCCUGGUGUAGACUUUCGCCAUGAUUAGUGUGGGCCGAAGAGCAUGUUCCUGCAUUGUUGCAUGUUCCGUAUUGAACGCGACUAAUGUCUAUCUUACCCUUCUUUUUGACAAGUCAGAACUUAUGGAAUUGAAAUUAUGACACACGAGAGGCCUUUUGGUUCCCAGUAGAGGGUUUUAAUAUGUUCCUUUCCCACAUCUCUGCAAAUUAUUCCCUCAAGUGAAUAUUCAUUUCCUAUUUGAAGUUGCUGAUUGAUUGUGUUUCCACCAUCAUUUCAGGCAGAGAGUUUCAGAUCAUUAUCAUCUGCUUCAUGUUUUUUUCCUAAUAUUCCCUUGAAUCUUCUGCCCAACAUUUUAAAGCUCUUUGCCACCUGUCCUUCCAUCCGCGUACCUCUAUAUAAAACACAAUUUGCUGCUGCUCUAAUAAAUCUUAAAUGGUCAUCGCUUUAAACAAACAGAACAACUCCACCUUCUCUGAUUUAAGAUUAGUUCCCCUCUCCCCUCACACACAGUCUGGAGAAGGGUCUCGACCUGAAACGUCACCUAUUCCUUUUCUCCAGAGGCACUGCCUGACCCACUGAGUUACUCCAUUUUGCGUCUAAAGGCAAGUCAAAGAUAGACACAAAGGUGCUGGAGUAACAGCGGGUCAGGGAGCAUCUCUGGAGGAAAAAGGAUGGGUGAUGGGAAUCAAGUCAGCUCGUAGUUAUUGUCAAAUGCACAAGUGUGGUCAGGUGCAAGGAAAUAUUGCUUAGCUGCAGCAUCACAUGAACAUAGACUCGGGCCAGGCACGCCAAAAUAAGCAGCAGCAAUAACUCAAAGCCUUUACAUCUGUGGAGCCAUUAUUAAAAAUUCUACUCGGUACUUCUGCCUAGCUUCUUUUGUUAAGCAGCAUGCACAUCACAUGGAAUCUAAUGCAUUAUGCCAAGCUCAGCAUGCUUAUGGUGUGGUCAAGCAUUAGCUGGUCACCAGGUGAUUUGAGUUUCUAAAAUUCAAUGAACUCAGUGAAAGAUCAGAAUAGAACAGAAAUAGAUACUGUGUAGAUCAGGAGGAUGGUGAGGAUGUUAAGUUUUCAAUAAGCACCAGGAGACUCCUCUAUCAUUAUGAAUUGAUAAAGUAUGUACUCAGCUAUACUUAUAAGGAGAAGUAUUUUUUGAAUGUUAUAAUUACAGUGAUGCAGCUGGCAGAGCUGCUGCCUUACAGUGCCAGAGACCCGGGUUCAAUACUGACCUCGAGUGCUGUCUCUGUGGAGUUUGCAUGUCCUCCCUGUGACCACGUGAGUUUCCACCGGGUGCUCCAGUUUCCUCAAACAUCCUGAAGACAUGCAGGUUUGUAGGUUAAUUGGCUACUGAACAUUGCCAAUGCAGGUUUCUAGGUUAAUUCGCUACUGAAAAUUGCCCCUAGUCUGCAGGGAGUGGAUGAGAAAGUGGGAUAAAAUUGAACUUAAUUGAACAGUUCAAUUAAAAGUGGGGGGGGCGGGGGGUGAACUGUUAACAUGCGGUAUGUUGGCUCGAUCUGAAUGGCACACACACUGAAAGGAUAACAAUUUUGAAAUAAUACUUUAAAAAAAAAUGAUCUGGAUGAGAACAUUUUCAGACGUUUUGGAAAAAGAUUAUGGGUUGGUCCAAACUCCACAGCCAGCAGUGAAUGGAUGCAACAAAUGGCCUUUUCCUAAUUUGUACAUUCUUGUCUAUGAAUCGAUAUUAAAAAAAUAUUUUUACAGUAAUUUAUUUCAAGGAUUAUGUCAGCACAGAACAAGUGGACUAAAUUCCACAAAGUUGAUUCACUUAAUCUGUUAUUUUUAAAGUGGUUUUCUAAAAAACAAACAAACAUUAAUUUCAUUAAACGAGGAAGAAAUAUGCAGAUUGUAUCUGGAAUGUGUUUGAUGGACUGGAAUACUUCUAACCCCAUGCAUCCACUGGUAUUAAUCUGCAGAGACAACGUUGUGUUGCUACAGAUUAUUGUUAAUUUGAAGAUUAUUGUUGUGUCUUUAUUUGCAUUGUGACAUUUUUUUUUAGACUGUUUGAAUCUUGAAAAGUUUUUAAGAUUAGAUGGAUCUCUUUUUUUUUAAUGGCCUGUACAAAGUAAACCACCCAACUCAA